AUGACUCCACGCAAGCCCGAUCUGGAGUCACCUCCUCUGCUGUCAGUUCUAUAUUGUUUCAUUUAUCUUUUAAAAAUUUUGCAGGUUGAAGAUCCAGAUUGCUUCUGGGUUAUUAUAAAAGGCUACAGUACCUUUUUGGAUCAUGAAGUUGACUAUCAAAAACUAAAUAAAGCCAUGAAUGACUUCUACAACAGCAUGUGUAAAGACAUAGAAAUAAAACCAUUAAUGUUGGAGGAAGGACAGGUCUGCGUGGUUUAUUGUCAGGAACUGAAGUGCUGGUGCAGGGCUGUCAUUAAGUCCAUCAUGUCUUCAGCAGACCAUUACCUGGCAGAGUGCUUCCUUGUGGAUUUCGCCAAGUACAUUCCAGUAAAAUCUAGAAACAUCCGAGUUGCAGUGGAAUCCUUUAUGCAGCUUCCCUACAGAGCAAAAAAAUUCCGACUGUACUGCACGAAGCCUGUUACAUUACACAUUGACUUCUGCGAGGACAGCACCGAGUUUGUACCUGCCAAGAAGUGGGACAGUGCUGCUAUCCAGUACUUCCAGAAUAUUCUGAAAGCAACCACCCAGGUGGAAGCCAAACUGUGUGCUGUGGAAGAAGAUACUUUUGAGGUUUACCUUUACGUAACUAUAAAAAAUGAAAAAGUUUGCGUUAACGACGACCUGGUUGCAAAGAACUUUGCAUGUUAUGCAUCACCCAAGGAGAGUAGGAACUUGGAUUCUGCAGAGGAACCUCAAUUCAACGUGAAGUCUGCACCUUUCUCCAGUAAACUCAACCCAGCACUUACGCUUUGGCCAAUGCUUUUGCAAGGAAAAAGUUUCCAAGGACCAGAAAAUUUGCAUGGUUUCCAUUUGCUGGCACAGUCUCUACAGCAUACGUGGUGGUGCAAGGAUGUUACUAGUGACCUGUAGCCAACUGCCAUAAUACUGGAUAAAACUGGGAAGUGUAACAUGGAUUCCACGGGAGACUCACCAGUAAAUCAAUCUGAAAAGAAACAGCAGUACAUCUGUUUGAAAGAUGUAAAUAAGUGUUUUGAAUCUUCAGCAUACUGGCCAACUAAAAGAGGACUCACCAUAUAUGCUGAUCCAGAUAUCCCAGCAGCAAGUGCUUCAAAUCCGAAACCAAGUGAGAAGCCACGUCGACUGACUGAGAAGAAGGAGUGUGAUGAGAGGAAUGGCUGUGUGAAACUCCUGCAGUUUCUAAAUCCAGACCCUUUGAGAGCUGAUGGAAUCCCUGAUCUGCAGCAGUUGCAGAAGUUGAAGUCGCCUGUUUGGCCUCCCGUCGCGGUGCUGCGGAGCAGGAUUGAGCCCUGCUUGACCAUCGAUACGUCCCCACUCUCAGCCAACCUGAAGAAGGCCCUUCAGAGAAACGAGUACCCUGGACCCAGCCACACAGAAUCCUACUCGUGGCCUCCCAUAGCACGUGGCUGUGACGUGGUGGUCAUCUCUCACUGUGGAAAUGACCCUCUGCUGUACCUCCCGCCAAUGCUUACAAUUCUGCAAACAGGGAGCUGCUACAAGUCACUGCCAAGCAGAAGCGGACCUCUUGCAGUCAUCGUGUGCCCUGGGUGGAAAAAGGCCCAAUUUAUUUUUGACUUAUUAGAAGACUACAGCAUGUCCUCAAGGCCUCUUCAUCCCAUGUUGUUAACAAUCGGACUCCACAAAGACGAAGCCAAAAAUAUGAAGCUCCCCAGGGGGUGUGAGGUGAUAGUCACAACCCCACAGAGCCUCCUGAGGCUGCUCACAUACCAAAGCUUGCUGUUCCUCAGGCUCUGCCACCUGGUCCUGGAUGAGGCGGAAGUGCUGUUCUCGGAAGCCACGGAGCAGAUGUUUGCUAUAUUAGAUAACUUUAAAAAAAAUAUUGAUGUUGAAGAGAGAGAGUCUGCGCCCCAUCAGAUCAUUGCGGCUGGAGUUCGUUGGAACAAACACAUAGAGCACUUAAUCCGAGAGUUCCUGAACGACCCCUACGUCGUGAUCACAGCCAUGGAGGAGGCUGCCCUCUACGGCAACGUCCAGCAGGUAGUGCAUCUCUGCCUGGAGAGUGAAAAAACCUCCACUCUGCUCCGGGCUCUGGAUUUCAUUCCAAGCCAGACACAGAAGACCUUGAUCUUCACCUGCUCGGCAGAUGAAGCAGACGUCGUAUGUAAGGUAGUAGAAAGCAGUUCCAUAUUUUGCUUGAAAAUGCAUAAAGAAACAAUUUUUAACUUAAAAAGUGUUUCGGAGCAGUGGAAGAAGAAGCUGAGUUCUGGCUCUCAGGUUGUUCUAGCCCUGACGGACGACUGCAUCCCACUCCUGGCCAUCACGGAUGCCACGUGUGUGAUUCACUUCAGCUUCCCUUCCUCGCCAAAAGUUUUUGGUGGGCGGCUGUACUGCAUGUCUGAUCACUUCCACAGCCUGACCGAGCAGGGUUCUCCCGCAGAACAGGGAGACAGAAGGACCAAGUCCGUCCUGCUGCUCACGGAGAGAAACGCCAGCCAAGCCGUCGGUGUCCUGCGCUACUUGGAGCGAGCAGAGGCCAAAGUCCCGUCGGAGCUGUAUGAGUUCACCGCAGGGGUUCUGGAAGCCAAAGAGGAUAAGAAGGCCCAAAGCCCGCUUUGUCUGUGCCUGAAAGCUUUUGGAUUUUGCAAAGAUCAAAGGGUUUGUCCUGAUCGGCACCACAUUAAUCCAGAAAUAGACAUGCCCAGGGAAUUAUCCAACCAAGCCCUGCCCACGUCUGGAUACAUUAAAAUAAUACCAUUUUAUAUUUCAAAUGCAACCAAUUAUUUUGGCCGUAUAAUUAACAAAUGUGUUGAUCUUUAUGCAACUCUUAAUGCUGAAAUGACUGAAUAUUUUAAGGAUUCCAAUAAUAAAACAACUGUGGAAAAGGUGGAGAAAUGUGGAUUGUAUGGAUUGGCAGAGAAAACACUUUUUCACAGGGUUCAGGUGUUAGAGCUGAACCAGAAAGAAGACACUUGGGCUCUGGACAAUGUCCUGGUGAAGUUCAUAGACGAAGGCAGGACCGGACUAGUCUCCAGAGAGCAACUGUGGCAUCUCCCAGAGCAGUUCCACGCUCUUCCCCCCCAGGCUGUGGAGUUCAUUGUUUGCAGGGUGAAGCCCGCUGAUAAUGAAGUGGAGUGGAACCCAAAGGUUACUAGGUACAUUCAUCAUAAAAUUAUUGGAAAGUUGCAUGAUGCAAAAGUAAUACUGGCUUUGGGAAAUACAGUUUGGGUUGACCCAAUGGUGCAUGUUACAAAACUUGCAAAUUUGAAAACAUCUGUCAUUGAUUAUAACGUUCGAGCCGAAAUUUUGUCAAUGGGAAUGGGCGUUGAUAACUCAGAACAUGUAGAACAACUGAAAAAGUUAUACAAAGAAGCGAAAAUGCCGACUUCUGAAGGAAGUCCAAGCCACGCCCCGACGCCUCCUUCAGCAGAGGAUGCUGCAGGCCUGCGCUCACAACAAGGGCACCAUGGGGCAGGAGGUGCCAACUCCGAGACAAACUCAGAAAACCAAAAGCCUGAAACAUUAUCUGAAAACACCGGAGAUGCUACCAUUAGCCAGACCCCAAAGCCACAUGGGAAAAGCUUCCACCCACAAAUAAAAUGGUUCCAAAAAGAUGAUGCUGUCAUCUUAAAGAUUCAAUUGAAGAACGUAAAAGACUACCAGUGUAAAUAUUCUACAGACAGAGUGGUCUUUAGCGCCUGGGUGGGAGAUAAAUUCUACAUGGCUGAUAUGGAGCUGCAAGCCAACAUAAUAAAAGAUGACUGCACGUGUAUCAUAAAAAAUGAUGAACCCAUGAUUACUCUUGUCAAAGAGAAAAGGGAAUCUUGGUGCAGCCUGCUCAAACAGAGGAAUCCUAAUGUGGCCUUCGAUUUUGAUCACUGGGAAGAGUGUGAAGAGGACAGUCACUUCCCCAAGGUUGUGAAACCUAAAAGCCUUCCCUACAAAGUGGCAGAGGUGGCCGAGGAAAGCAGCAGCUCUUCGGAGGAUGCUGGGAGUGACAGCGAAUCGGACUGAAACUUGGCAGAGCAGCCCAGAAACUUGGAACAAUGGGUGUUGCUGUGUUUCAGAAAUUUAAGAAAAUCAGCUAUGCUAUCCAAAUCAGUUUUCACUUCAAGGAAGAGAUAAGGUUGAUGCUUUGGAUCGGUAAUGACAGAUUCUUGGACGAUGUAAAAUAGGCUAAGAGAAAGUCGCAUCCUGGUGUAGCAGGUUGGGCCACCGCCUGUGACACCAACAUCCCAUAUGAGUGCUAGUCUGAAUCGUGCCCGCUCCAUUUCUAAACCAGCUUCCUGGGAGCUGGGAGAGCGGCUGGUGAUGUUGUGGGUGCCUGGGUAGCUAGCACCCAUGUGGGAUGCAGUUCUGGGCUCCUGGCUUCAGCUUGG